UUCUGAGUGUACCAUUGCUGAGUGCCGGUGCGGGUACCCUGCUUUUGGAGACGUGCCUUUUUGGGAUGCUUGGACAAUCAAAGGUGACACCUCACAUCCAACCAGGGGAAAAUAGUUUAAAUAAGCUUGGAAUUUUACAUUUUUUAAUGUCUAAAUAAGUUCAUAUAGUGUUACUUUAAAUACACCAGUGUGUGUUUUGGUGUAUACAGGUAAACUUUUACUGGCACUCUUUUUUUUCUGUUAAAUGAAUAACAUCAAAAUUUUAAUGUCUAAAAGUCAGGACCAAGAAGAUCAUGGCAGCAGUGAACUCAUUGAGGAAUAUACUGAUACAGCCACACCAAGUGUAGGAGAGCAGGCUGGCUGUGUGGCUGCAGUAGGGCAGCUGACUGAAGAACAAGUGGCUCAGGUUUUUGCAGCUACAGAGAUCAGCAGGGCCUACAGGAGGACUCAACAUGAAAAACUGUUAGAGUUCAUAAUAAAGGACCAUGGAGCAGAUGAUCACUUGCUGGCUGUUGUAUCUCGUAAGGUAUCGUCCAAAUGGUUACAAAAUUAUGAAAAUCCUAAAGGUCACCUGGUAAUGACUUAUAUAGAAGAUGAGGAGCUGAUAGAUGGCCUCUACAACUUCUUGGAUGAAGAGCUGUAA